AUGGCAGGUGAUAUCACAUACGCAGACGUGGCAAUGCUACCGAGGGAGAGACCACACGUUCCUUCUCCGACAUCAGUUCCAGGAAACAUGAUCACAUACGCUGAGCUGCGCGUGAAGCCGAAACCCAAAGGGACCAGCAGAUCAGAGACUUCCGCUGCUGGCUGCCGACAUGGGUGCUCAGCCUGGUUCUACAUGACACUGGUCCUGGGAGUCCUUGUGCUCAUCCUGCUGGGCAUCGUAGCCAUACUAGCCAAGCAAUUUUUGAAGGGCAGAGCAGGAAAAUCUGAAAGUUUGUCCCUGUAUGAUCUAAAUAGCACCGGCAAUCACGUUUCUUCAGAGAAGACCGUCUCAGCGGGGGUCCUGAGAUGGCUGGUGGAGGAACUGUGUGAAGAUGGACAAGGAACAGUAUGUGAGUUGUGUCCCCCUGGGUGGCAGCUACACAGGGGGAGAUGUUACUACUUCUCCGAGGAGGCUGUAAGCUGGGAUGACAGCCAGAGAAACUGUCUGGCCAGGAAAUCCCAGCUUCUUGUCAUUGAAGAUGAAAUUGAGAUGGAGUUUAUAGACAAUAAAGAGAAAGAUACUAAGUAUAUCUGGAUUCAGUUGAAGAUUCAAGACAUGAAGAAACAAUGGAGUUCAGUGGAAGAUCCCAGAGUAAAAAUAAACAGGGUAACUAUAAAUAGAAUUGAGACUGACAAGAAUUGUGCUGUCUACAGAAGAAAAAACAUAUUCCAAGCAGAUAACUGCCAGACUUUAAAGAAGUGGAUCUGUAAGAAGAAUGCAACUUUGUUGGUGCUCUGA